AUGGCAGCUUCCGCAAUGGUACUGGAUCCGAAACCCGUAUCCUCAUCCGACCCGCCUCCGGCGCUACCCGCAGUCGCCGCUUCUAAAUACAGUGAAUCCUCCGAUGACGAUGAUUUAUACGGCCGGCUCAAAUCCCUCCAGCGGCAACUGGAGUUCAUCGACAUUCAGGAGGAGUACGUGAAGGACGAAUUGAAAAACCUGAAGCGAGAGCUUCUACGGUCCCAGGAGGAGGUCAAGAGGAUCCAGUCGGUGCCAUUGGUCAUUGGCCAGUUCAUGGAAAUGGUUGACCAGAACAACGGCAUCGUCGGCUCCACCACCGGGUCGAAUUAUUAUGUCCGGAUUCUAAGUACCAUUAAUCGCGAGCUCCUCAAGCCCGCCGCAUCUGUGGCUCUCCACCGCCACUCUAAUGCCCUCGUCGAUGUCUUGCCCCCUGAAGCCGACUCCAGUAUUUCGCUCCUCAGCCAAUCGGAAAAACCUGAUGUCACCUACAAUGAUAUCGGCGGAUGUGAUAUUCAGAAGCAGGAAAUUCGUGAAGCUGUUGAAUUACCACUCACACACAAUGAACUAUACAAGCAGAUUGGUAUUGACCCUCCCCGAGGAGUGUUGCUUUAUGGUCCACCUGGUACAGGUAAAACCAUGCUUGCCAAGGCCGUGGCAAACCACACAACUGCAGCUUUCAUUAGGGUGGUGGGUUCAGAAUUUGUGCAGAAAUAUCUGGGUGAGGGUCCUAGAAUGGUCCGUGAUGUCUUUCGUCUUGCCAAAGAGAACGCUCCUGCAAUUAUCUUUAUUGAUGAAGUAGAUGCAAUUGCAACUGCUCGAUUUGAUGCCCAAACUGGAGCUGAUAGAGAGGUUCAAAGAAUACUCAUGGAACUAUUGAAUCAGAUGGACGGAUUUGAUCAAACUGUGAAUGUGAAGGUCAUCAUGGCCACUAACCGUGCGGACACGUUGGAUCCCGCACUUCUACGUCCUGGUAGACUUGAUCGUAAAAUUGAGUUUCCUUUGCCUGAUAGACGGCAAAAGAGGCUGGUUUUUCAGGUUUGCACGGCUAAGAUGAACUUAGGUGAUGAAGUUGAUUUAGAGGACUAUGUUUCUCGACCUGAUAAAAUAAGUGCUGCUGAGAUUGCCGCUAUAUGCCAGGAAGCAGGUAUGCAUGCUGUCCGCAAAAACCGGUAUGUUAUACUUCCAAAGGACUUUGAGAAAGGAUACCGGAGCAAUGUCAAGAAACCAGACACUGAUUUUGAAUUUUACAAGUAA